AUGGCCGCUGCUGCAGCCCGGGGGCCCCCUUGGCCCGAGACUGUGGAGCAGCAAAGCUCUGGGGGCCCCUCCGGGGGCCCCUCGGCGUUCCCAGCCUUAGAAGGGGACGCAUCGCUGUAUGCUCGGGGGCCCCGGCCGGGUCACUUGCGCAGCAGCAGCGGCCGCAGCAGCAGCAGCAGCAGCAGCAAGAAGCGCUGGCUCUCCCCCGCUGCUGUUGCUGCACUCUUUGUGACCCUGCUGCUGCUGCUGGGGCCCCUCUGCCGCAACCUGCGCAGCCGCGUGCAGCCCCAGGGGGCCCCCCUGCGGCGGCUGGCUCGCGAGCAGCAAAACCAUGAGGGUUCAGACUUUUCGGCCCUUAUGGGGCAUUGCAUUUCCAUGGAAGUUGAGUUUAGUGGGGGAAAUUCUGAAGACCCUCUGCGCAGUUUGAGGCCCCCAGCAGCAGCUGCUGCUGCAGCAGCGGACGCUGCAGCAGCAGCUGCUGCAAUGCUCUUCCCAGACCCGCAGGGCCCCAUGGCAGCCGCCGGCAUGCAGCAGCAGCAGCUCAUGAUGCGCUUCCAGCAGCAGCAGCAAGGUCAGCGGCAGCGGCGGCAGGAGCAGCAGGGGGGGGAGCAGCAGCAGCAGCAGCAGUUUGAGAACCAGCAGCUGCGCCAGCUUGCGGAGCAGCAGCUGCAGCAGCAGCUGCAGCAGCAGCAACUGCAGCAGGAGAGGCACCAACCGGAGCCGUGCGCGCAUCAGCAGCAGCGGCGGCAGCAGCAGAUCCAACUGCAGCAGCUGAUGCACCAGAAGCUGGAGAAUCAGCAGCUGCUGGAGCUGCAGCAGCAGCAGGAAGAGGAGCAGGAGCUGCUGCACAUGCACCAGCAGCAGGAAGCCGGGAGCUACCUGCUGCGGCCGGAGCAGCAGCACUUCCCUAGUCAGCAGCUGCUGCAGCUGCAGCAGCAGCAUGGAAUGCUGGAGCAGCAUCUGCGGGAGCUCGACCGACACGAGCAGCACGAGACCCGGCUGCUGCAGCUGCGGCGGCGUGAGGAGGAGCAGCGCCUGCUGCAGCUGCAGCAGCGGCAGCAGCUGCUGCAGCAGCAGCACGAGCAAGAGCAGCAGCUGCUGCAGCAGCAGCACGAGCAAGAGCAGCAGCUGCUGCAGCGGCAGCGGCAGGAGCAGCAACUGCUGCAGAUGCAGCAGGAGCAGGAGGAGCAGCGCCUGCUGCAGCUGCAGCAGCAGCAGCUGCACGAGCAGCAGCUGCAGGACCACCGGCAGCAGCAGCAGCAGCAAAGCUUCCUUCCUUUUGGCUUUUCCAGCAGCUUCAGCAGCUCCUAUGGACUUAACCAAAGAAGCUUCGAGCCCCCGCUGCAGCAGUGGCCGCCCUUCGCUGCAGCAGGCCCCGGGGUGUCUGUACACCCCACGGCCUUCCAAGCAGCAGCAAGGCCCCGCGGCCACAGCACCCGAAUGGGUUUGGAGACAGAAGACUGGCUGCAGCAAAUCCCAGACAUCUCCUUCGAGCAAAGUUCUGGCUGGCAGCAGCACCCGCUGCAGCACCCGCUGCAGCACCCGCUGCAGCACCCGCUGCAGCACCCGCUGCAGCAGCCGCUGCAGCACCCGCUGCAGCACCCGCUGCAGCACCCGCUGCAGUCCCCGCUGCAGUCCCCGCUGCAGCAGGCGCUGCAGUCCCCGCUGCAGUCUCCGCGGCAGUCUCCGCGGCAGUCUCCGCUGCAGCAGGCGCUGGAGGCGAUGCUGCAGCAGCAGCACCCGUCGGAGCAGCUGCGGCUGCUGAGUCUGCUGCAGCGGCAGCAGCAAAAGACGCCGAAGGAGAUGCAGCUGCUGGACCUGCUGCAGCAACCCAGCCGCGCCUUGAAGCUGCAGCAAGAACAUGUCCGCAGACAAGUCAUGUUGCUGCAGCGCGAAAUGCAGGAGAAGAUGCCAGGGCGGGCCAUGGACCGGCUGCGGCAGGUGCAGGAGACAGUUCGGCAGCAGCAGCAGCAGCAGCAGCAGCAGCAGCAGCAGCAGCCGCGGCGGCGCGGGCGGCCGCCGCGGCGGGAGAAGCAGCAGCAGCAGCAGCAGCAGGAGCAGCAGGAGGGGGAGCAGGAGGGGGAGGACGGUGAGGACGAGGAGCUGCUGCAGCACCGGCAGGAGCAGCAGCAGCAGCAGCAAGCAGCGCAGGAGCACUUCGAGCAAGACGAAGAAGAAGAUGAAGAAGAAGAAGAAGAAGAAGAAGAAGAAGAAGAAGAAGAGCCGGGGCCCUCGAAAGAGUCGAACUUGUGGCGGUUCCGGCGCGCGCUGCUGAUGAAGAUGCAGCAGGAGCUGCUGCUGCAGCAGCAGCCGGAAGAGCUGCUGCCAGCAACAGACCGGCGGGAGCGGGAGCGGCAGCGGCGGCUGCAGCAGAAGCGGGAGCGGCACUUGGAGCAGCUGCUGAUGGAGAGUUGGCUGCACUUGGGCAGCAGCUCGAGCAGCGGGGGCGAGGAGGAGACAGACGACGAGGCUUCGAAGGAAGUGGCAGCAGCAGCAGCAGCAGCAGCAGCAGCAGCAAGGCAGCGCGCGGCGGCGGCUUCUUCCGAGGACGAGGAGGAGGAGGCGGAGGAGGCGGAGGCUGCUGCCGCCGCCGCCGCGGAGGCCGCCGCCGCGGAAGCCGCAGCAGCAGCCCCCGCAGCAGCAGCAGCAGCAGCAGCAGCCCCCGCAGCAGCAGCAGCCCCCGCAGCAGCAGCAGCAGCAGACCCCGGGGCCGCCGCGGCCGCAGCAGCGGACGCUGCGGUUGCGAAGCUAACGGCGGGUCGAGGGCGUCGGCCUGGCCGCGGGGGUCGCCGCGUGGGGCGUUCGCUGCUGGAGAGCAGCAGCAGCAGCAGCAGCACGGCGCAGUCGCGCGCUGCUGCUGCUGCAGCAGCAGCAGCAGCAGCAAUCGGGCCGCGCUUCUUCUCGCUGACCUGGCAGCGCGAAGACCCCACAGGCUUCGCAGAACACCCCUACGUGCGCCUCCCCACACUCGCCCCCGGAGUCGCCCCCAGGCCCUUCCGCUUCACAGAAAUCUUCGGCAAGUUCCCCAGAGGCUACUCCCUCCACGGCCCGCUGCUGGUGCUGCGCUGGCUGCUGGGCAAGAAGCAGCUGGACCAGAGCCAGGCCGACGCGAUGGUCACUGAGGUGGAGAAGCUCGUCAGCAAGGCUGGCCGCCGCGCGCGCUGGAGCCGCCGGCAGCAGCGGCCGCUCUUUGCUGCAGCAACUCUCGGGAGUUAUUUUCUCGUCUUUGAUAGCGUUUUGGCCGCAGUGGCAGUUUUGGGAGAAGACCAUUUCCACCUCGAGCAGUGGUGGGGGGCUUUUGCGGAUUGCUUCGACACCAACUACAGCUUCCCGGCCCCCAGCUAUCGCUCGCGGCAGAACAACUCCUUCAACACUAUGUUGGCGAAUAAGCUGCUGCAGGGUUUGGAGUUGUUUAAAAAGCGGCAGAGGCCGCCUCUCGAACUUAUUGUCACUGCCAAACGCAUGCUCUUCUUCUCGGGGCUGGGGCCCGCCAGGUACCGCCAGAAGCAGUUCGACCCCUGGCGGCUCGACGAGAUGGCUUACCAGGAGAAGCUCCAGCGCAGGCAGCGCAGGCAGCGCAAGCUGCAGCAGCAGCAGCAGCAGCAGCAGCAGCGGGGAGGGGGAGGAGGCGCGAAGGGGAAGCAGCUGCUGCAGCAGCCACGCGCGGAACAACCGCCCGCCAAACGCGCCAAGCUGCAGCACGACCAGCACCAGCAGCAGCAGCAGCAACAGCAGCAGCAGAUUCCCCAGCAGCAGCAGUACCCGCAGCAGCAGCAGUACCCGCAGCAGCAGCAGCAGCAGCACGCGCUCCAGCAACUCCAGCAGCAGCAGCAGCAGCAGCAAGUGCACGCCGAGGCGGGGCUGCAGCUGCGGCUCCUGCUCGAACACAAGAAACAACAAGAAACACAAGAAGCAGCACAAGCAGCAAUAAUUCAAAGAAGCAAAAACCAAAAUGUCCGAAUAAACGCUUUCUUGCACGACGGAUUCGUGCAAGAUCUCGAACUGCCCGCUGCACCCCACGCGGACGCAAACGGCGGACCCAGACCGCCCAGAUGCAAGCAGCAGCAGCAGCAGCAGCAGCAGCAGCAACAGCAGCAGCAGCAGCAGCAGCAGAUAUUUAGAGUGUCUUAG